AUGUCUUCAGCUUCUUCUCACCUUCGCCAUGGCUAUGAAGUUGAAUGGCCCCAACGAUUGUGUUCAUGUGGAAGGGUUUGUGACAUCAAGAUUGUUGAGAAGUCGGAGAAAAAUCUAGGGAGAUAUUACUAUGCUUGCCCAAAGGAAUCGGCAAUCUAUUCAGGAAAUGAAGGCGAGAGUUCGACGGCUAACCUCAUGUCCCCUAAGAGCACCAACGGCCACCGAGGUGCAGAGACAGAGCUCGAGCGUGUGAGUAUGGAUGUUGCUCGGUUGAAGGUGUGUUUUUUCCCGUUCCUCAUUCUCCUGUCUUCAUCCUUUAUUCUGAAUUGUGUCCUAGGUGUUGCUGUUGAGAUGGGGUGCGAUGAGGUGGCUGAGGAUGUGUUUGAUGAAAUGUCUGAAAGAGAGGGUUGUCCUAAUGCUUGCACUUUUGAAACCAUGGUUGUUGGUUAUUGCAGGAUGGCGCAGAGUUCUGGAAUGCUGGACAGGGGUUGUCUUGUGGACAAUGCAACUUGUACUUUGAUUACGAGUGUGUUCUGUGAAAAGGGUUAUGUGAGUAGAGCACUGUGGAUUUUUAAUAAGUUGGUUGAUGUGGGAUUUUCUCCAAAUCUGAUAAAUUUUACUAGUUUGAUCAAUGGGUUAUGCAAGAGGGGCAGUAUUAGGCAAGCAUUUGAAUUUUUGGAGGAAAUGGUUCGAAAGGGUUGGAAACCAAAUGUGUAUACCCAUAGUAUCCUUGUGACUCUAGUGAAUAAGUCAACGGUUGGGUCUAACAAGCCAAUCAUGCAAAUGUCAUUAACUUCAAGUGCCUGGCUUAGUGUGCUUUUUCUUUGUUGCAUGGAAUUCCCUGAUUCCCAUUGGAUUUGA